CUCAUCUUUGUCCUAUAGAGUCUUUAAACAAGUGUGGAAUUUUUCAACAAUUUUUACAAACUAUAUUAUUUCAAUUACAUUUGAAAAAAGUAGGUAUGGAAAAUUGAAUGGAAGAGAUUUCCCCGAGCUUUCCCUGGUACAAUAAAUGUGGAAUAAGUUUCGAGUGAAGGGAGUAAUUCAAUUAUAAAUCAGCUUUAAUUUACAUUAUUUUCAGACACAGAGCAAGUUGUUUGGAGGAAGAAAGAGCUGUUGUGCAAUUUGUGAUGAAGAUGAUAAUGAUGAGGGUUUUGUUGUUAUUAGUUGCGAUGCCCUGCUGCUCCGCGUGUUAUGCGGAGGAAAGAAAUUCUCUGUUAGAUUUCAAAGAGGGCCUCAACUUCACUUCCUCCUAUUAUGCGCUGCAAUUGUGGAAGGGUUUUGAUUGCUGCGCUUGGGAAGGAGUCACCUGCCAUCCGAUCACUGCCCAUGUCCUUUCCUUGGAUCUAAGUCCUCAGUCCCUUAAUGCCUCCUGGAUUAGUGAUGUCUAUUCCAAGUGGCCAUUCAUGUCAUGGAUGGAACUUCGUGGGGGUCUAUUCCAACUGCAGCAUCUAGAGCACUUGGACCUUAGUGAGAAUGCCUUCUUCCCUCCUCUUUCAAUCAUUUCACAGUUCCACAAGCUCAGCAAAUUGAGGUAUUUGAACUUGUCUAACUCUAAUCUUAAUGGUCAGAUUCCAAGAGAGAUUGGUAGCAUGUCAAGUUUAACAUAUCUUGAUUUGAAAAAUAAUAAUUUCAAUUCUCCAAUUCCAAUAUCUUUAGGUAAAUUGUCAAAUCUCACAUAUCUUGAUGUGCAUGAUAAUUAUUUGAAUGGGAUCAUCCCAACAUCUUUGGGUAAGCUAUCAAAGCUCACAUAUCUUGACCUGAGUUCUAACUCUUUGAGUGACACCAUACCAUCAUCUUUGGGUAAGUUGUUCAAGCUCACAUAUCUUGACCUGAGUUCUAACUCUUUGAGUGGCACCAUCCCAACAUCUUUGGGUAAGCUAUCAAAGCUCACCUAUCUUGACCUGAGUUUUAACUCUUUGAAUGACACCAUCCCAACAUCAUUGGGUAAGCUGUCCAAGCUCACAUAUCUUGACCUGAGUUCUAACUCUUUGAGUGACACCAUACCAACAUCUUUGGAUAAGCUGUCCAAGCUCACAUAUCUUGACCUGAGUUUUAACUCUUUGAAUGACACCAUCCCAACAUCUUUGGGUAAGCUGUCCAAGCUCACAUAUCUUGACCUGAGUUUUAACUCUUUGAAUGACACCAUCCCAACAUCUUUGGGUAAGCUGUCCAAGCUCACAUACCUUGACCUGAGUUCUAACUCUUUGAGUGGCACCAUACCAACAUCUUUGGGUAAGUUGACAGAACUCAAAAAACUUUACUUGAGUUCUAAUACUUUGAGUGGCACUAUCCCAACAUCUUUUGGUAAGUUGACAGAGCUCACAUAUCUUCAUAUGAGUUCUAAUACUUUGAAUGGCACCAUCCCAACAUUCUUAGGUAACCUCACCAAACUCAAACAACUUGAUCUUAACAACAACAAAUUAAGUGGAACUCAUACACUUUCUUUUCUUGAUCGAAUCUCCAAUAUUCGAAGCUUGUAUCUUUCAAGGAAUAUGUUGACUAUAAAAGUCAAUGCUACUUAUAUUCCAAAAUUUCAAUUUGAAGCCAUAUCUUUGGGAUCUUGUAAUAUAGAAGGGGAUUUUCCAGAUUUCCUUUCAACUCAAUACUCCUUAGGCUACCUAGAUUUGUCUCAAAAUUCUCUUGGUGGAAAUAUUCCUAAUUGGCUACUAGAUUCUAUGCUCCUUUAUUAUCUCGACCUCUCUUCUAACCACUUUGUAGGUAAUCUACCCUUCAAGUUGUUUGGAAUUGGAGUUAUUGAUUUGCGUGAAAAUAAGUUACAAGGAAAUAUUCCCAUUUCUAUACAAUCAGUAGACUUUUUGGAUCUUUCAAAGAAUCUAUUUGAUGGACCGAUUCCACAUUCUAUCUGUGAGUCAAGUAAUUUGCAAGUUUUAGAUUUGUCAAAUAAUAGGCUUAUAGGUAAGAUUCCUUCAAGUUUAAAUCAAUGCUCUAGAUUGUCCGUGUUAAAUCUAGAAAAUAAUGAUCUUAAGGGCACCAUUCCAAAUAUGUUUGACAAUAUGACCUAUCUAGAAACAUUGAAAUUAGGUCUCAAUGAGCUAGAAGGGAAAAUACCACCUUCCCUUGGGAAUUGUAGUUUUUUGGAAAUCCUAGAUCUAAGGAAUAACAAAAUUCAUGGGGAUAUUUCUACAUGGAUUGAAAGAUUGGAAAGACUUCGCAUCCUAGUACUAAAAUCUAAUAGAUUUGCUGGUCAAAUACCCUCAAAAUUAUCAAACUUGCAAAAACUUCAAAUAUUGGAUAUAUCAAGCAACAAAUUUUCAGGCAUUAUUCCAAGUGGCUUUAUGAAUUUGACUGCAAUGGGAAAUCAGACAGAAAACACAGAAAUUCUUGAAUUUACUACAAGUAAUGGUAGCAUUUAUCUAGAUACCAUAAUCAUUAAGAACAGAGGACAAGAUAUGGAGUAUGCAAGAAUUUUGAGAUUAGUAAAAUGUCUUGAUCUAUCAGAUAACAAAUUAUCAGGUAAAAUACCUAUGGAUAUUGAAUCACUCAAAGGAUUGAUAAUUCUCAAUAUUUCAAAAAAUCAUUUCAAUGGUAAAAUUCCAAAAUCCUUGGGAAGUAUGAUGCAGCUUCAAUCACUUGAUCUGUCCAAAAAUGAGUUCUCUGGGACGUUUCCUAUUGAACUGGAACAUCUCUUAUCUUUGAGUUACUUUGAUGUGUCUUAUAAUAAUCUAAGAGGAAUGAUUCCCCAUGAAGGACAAAUGAUAACAUUUGACUCCUCAUCAUUUUCUAACAACUUAGAUUUAUGCGGCGUACAAAUCAAUGUGUCGUGCUCAAGAAGUCAUCCAGCUUCUCCCAAUGAUGAUGAAGAAAAUGAAGAAGCGGCUCAAGAAGAUAUAUGGUGGGAUGUGGGACUAGCAAUGGGCUUUGCAUUUGGAUUUUCAGUUCCGAUUUGGCUGUUGUGUUUCAGCGAAUCUUGGCAUGAAAAAUGCUUUAAAAUUAUGGAUGGCAUUAUUGUCUUCUUUUGGCAAACAUUCAGUAAAAAAUUGAAUUGUACAGGAUAAGAUAUUUUCUGAUACCUUACAUCCUGAUUGUCAGAUCACCAACAAAGAAAGAGUUUCAAUUGCCAGGCAGUAAUAUCCUGUUGGAUAUUUAGAUCAGGCAUCCAACAUUAUAUGCUUUGAAGACUCCGGUCUUGGAUGUUUACCAUCUAUUUCAGGAAGAGCUGCAGUUAACCAGAGGGGAGGUGCAGUUUAUUAUCCUUUUAAAGGGCCAAGCAGUUAUAAUUGAUCAUUUAGUUCAAAGUUUCUGAGGGUAAUCAAUCUAUCUUGUCCAAAUAAUGAACUUCGACGGCAGAGUGAAAAAAGAGUAUUUUUGCUUCUUGUGAGGUUACAUCAGGAAAAGUUUUCGUGUAUGUCAGCUAUGCACAUUUCAGUCAAUUCUAUGUGGUGUAUAAUUUUUUUAUGGAGCUUGUAAACUGGCAAAAAUUGUACAAUCUCCUGAGGAAAGGAUUGCUAAAAAAUUAAACAGGCCUUUGCUGAAUACUUGGGAGGGGCAUGGCUGUGUACAGGGUCUUGAUGUUCCAGACAUAAUAUCGUGUGGCUUAGAAAGCAAUCUUUGUUCAGAAAGCACAAACAAAAGAAUUGCUUUGAAUGAAUUAACAACAAAAAUUACUGUUGAUACAAAUGAUUUUCAGAACAACGAGAAGGAUGAACUGGAGGAUAUUGGCCCUAUUGCCUUAAAUGACUUACCUGGGCUACUAAACUGCAGAGAGAAUAUGAAAGGUACAGACACAGAAUAGCUCAUUCACAACACCAAUUUAGAAUAUAGGUAAUAAAUGCUUACAUUUAACUAAUAGUUCUAUGGAGCAUGUGAUUUUAUAUUUGGAUGGAUUCAAGAUGAUUUGAUUCAUAAAAAUAUAUUAGUCGUGCUGUGAUAAAAAAUAAAUAAAACAGAGAUGCCAGAAGACAGAAGCCAUAAAUUGUACAGCAGGUUCAGGGGAAGAUAUAUCUGGAUGAAAAGAAAAGAAUGUCCCUUAAAGUGUUGGUGUCAUUGGAGAUGUGUUCCUUGAUAUGCCCAGGAACACUAUGGGAAGGCCGUUGUCCCUGAAAGACCUAUCCAUCUUAACACAAAUAUACCUACUUACAAUUAUGGCUGGCCAGUUGUGUCUAGUCAUCAAGUAGGUAAUCCACUUCAUUAUGCUUCUAGUCAUCAAGUAGGUAAUCCACUUAUCUACGAAGAGACUUAAAGCAGAAAUAUUUAUGGGUGUGGAAAUUCCAAGGCCAAGAAGUGCAACACAAAUAUACUUCACCAUUUUGGAUAACCUUUGUUAGAGCCAAGAGAAAUGGCACUUCACAAGAUCUCAUACCAGCAUUUUCGUGGAUACAUUGUGUUGGAUUCAACCAAUGGGGUAUUGACUCACCAUCCAUGCAUCUCUUAGUGUGUUUGGAGCCACCUGGGAACAAAUAUGUUGCAGAAUGCUGAAGAGCACUCUAUAUAUUUCAGUUCAGCGGCUUCCUAAAAUUUCUCAAAUGAAGGAAGAUAGUUUCAACCUACCGAACUAUUGAAGUGAAAACAGUACCACAAUAUUUAUGAGAUUUUCAUCCCUAUUCUAUUCAGAGUAGCAAUCAAUAUUGAGUAUCUGCCGUACAAGGACGACUCCCCACCUUUUCCAAGAGAACCAUAGAGACAAUUCCUCUGCUCCUUGAAAUGGCCAUAGUGGCAAUGAUAGAAGCUUCUUUAGUUAAGCUCAUGUUAUGUCACUUUCAUCAUGAAAGCUUGUAUAGGUAAAGCUCAUGAUGUGUCUCGUUCAUCGAUUAGCAGUCAAAUCAUGCCCUGUCGUUGCUUUUUGUUUGUCUAAAAUCAAGCAAGAGCAGAAUGUAAAGUUGGCUAUGUAUUCAAGAUCAAUUUAUUGUAAAUGUUUUAGUUAUGUAUUCAAGAUCAAUUUAUUGUAAAUGUUUUAGUUAUGUAUUCAAGAUCAAUUUAUUGUAAAUGUUUUUAUAGGAUUAUGUAUGUAACUUUCCACCUACUUUAAACAUUUUUCAUCCUUAAAACAUGAGAAGAUGCUGUGUGGUUAGGCUUCCACACAUAGCAUUAAAUUCUUUGUUUGUUAAUCUAUCAAUCAAUAUAUGAUAUGAUAAAUGAUA